AACCGGCGUUCAAGUAACGCUCAAGGACAACGUUACUUUGGACUUGAGGAGAAACGGCUUCAUUCUCAAGUCAGAAGAUAUCCGCUUUUGGGGGAGUCUUUGGCGUUACUUUUCACCGGUCGAACGGAAAUCGUCUUCAAUAUCACCUUUCUAUUUACCUUCGGCGAUAGAAUUCCAGACUAUCACGGAAUGGUUUGAACGUUUACUUCAGUUUUCGAUACUGCUUCAAGUUACCUCCAAUUCGACGCACCUUACGAGAAAUCAAAACUGCCAGGCAAGCUUCCGGCUUGGGCAGACGAAUGAACAGCAGAUGAUGUCAACCCAAGCUGCCUUGGCAUCCAGCAACAACAUUUCGACCAUCUCGAGCGAUCCCUCUCAAGCAAUGUCCCUCACAAAUGCAUCACUUGGCCGGCAUGGCAAUAUGUUGUCCUCGAAUGACGCACAACCAUAUCAGGCUCUAGACAAAGAGAUCCAACAUAUGACAACCACACACCAAGAUGAGGUGAUGGAGUUGAAGAUCCGAGUUGCCGUUCUAGAGAAUGAGCUCAAGCACGCUAAGAAAAAGAAGGAGGAUGGGCUCCAGACUUUGCGAGUCGUUGUUGAGUCACUGACUCGCAAUACUACUUCUGUUCCAUCCUUAGCGAGUCCUUCUGGUCUUGGUCUACCUCAAACACAGCAACAUCAGUUGAGUUGCGAAGAUCAUGUCUCUCAGAAGAAACAAUUCGAGGCUGAGAUCAACAGAUUGAGGAGGGAGAAUCGUUAUCUCCGCGAACGCUCAAGAAGCGAAGAUAUUGAGCAAAUUGAUAGCUCCAGCAGGAGCAUUCAAGAGCCAAAGCCUAUCUUAGAGCUUCCAGAGCAUCACAAUCCCCAACCUCGUUCUGGACACGAGUUCAGUGCAGCAAGCAAUGGAGACAAAGGCAAAGAGAAGAUGGUGGACCUCGCCACUUCCAAGGUUGAGUCUCGAGGAUUGGAUAACAUCCCCACCGGUCCGAAGUUUCACUACAAGGCCCCUGAAGUGCCAACCGCAUCGAUGUUGAUUGGUAGCUGGGGCCAAGAACAAAGUUUUGACGAGGGUUUACCGACCAUUCCAAACUCCCCCGUACUUACAGCUAUGAAGCCGGUUAUGAAGAGCUUCGAUGUCGGUCUGAACAGCUUGGAGGACAAUCUCAGCGAUGAUGGACCUCCUCAAUUUGAUCCUUCUGAGAAACUUCUAGACGGUUCGGGAUUUCCUGCCGCACUUGAGGCUGUCCCCUCGACUCAAAAGGACGUCAAAGAAUACCCCGAGCUUGAUAAAGGAAUAGAUGAGCAAUUGGCCGAUGAAGAAGUUGCUAUCCUGAACUUCAAAGGCCCCGCUCCCAAUGUCUUGAAGACCGGGUUUCAAGUUGGCGGGAACAAGCGCGGAGAGGACUACGAUCCUAUGACUCGUCUCGAAGCUCCCCGAACAUAUAUUCGCUCGCAAUGUCUAUGGCGUGAUCCAGGCUCUUCUAGCGAUAGCUACGAGAAUAUUCGCAUGGGGCCAAGAACAGCGUUCGAGAUUCCAAAGGACAGAUCCUUUGAUGGCAACCUCUGGGACUCAGUUGAGGAACGCGAGGUGGCCAUUCGCGCCAAUGCACAGUUAUCAAGGUCGAACUUUGGCAGAGGAGAGCGUGCCUUUCCAGAUCUCUUCCGGUAUGGCAUUCAAUACAGACCAGAUGAAGGAGACAGUAACUACUUGCGAACAGUUCAUCUCAGCAAUCUCCCAUCAGAAACUGAUCUCCGCGAAGUUCUUGCUCGUGUGAGAGGAGGAGAUAUCCUAGGAGCUACGCUGCUGAAUACUACGAAACUCACCGGUGGUCUGACUGCUCGAGUCGUCUUCAUCAUGGAAGCCUCUGCAGAAGAUUAUGUCUUGUACGCCGCGGAUCAUCCUAUUACAUUCGGCGAGGACAAGCAAGUGGCUACUGUUACGCUGAUCAACACGCCGACGUUUCCACUUAACCCAAGCCGAAGGGCGAGUAUUCGAGAACGAGAGCACAGUCGUUGUAUCGCCAUUCCAGAAUUCCCCGAGAAUAUCUCGCUUCGAGGACUGGAGCGUACUCUAGCUUGUGGCAGUGGAUAUCGAGCAGAAAGUCUUGUUGAAUUCUGGAUCGAUGAGUCUGCAACUCUCCAUCUAGAGUUCAGUAGCGUGGAUAUUGCUGGCUCAGCAUAUGGUAUUCUGACCAGCAGACGAAUCUACGGAAAUUGCCCGCCAGUAUUCGAGCAGGAUCCAUGUGCUGGUCCUGUUGAAGAGUUGGAGCAGCAUGUCCCGCCAAGACCUCCCAUGCUCCCUCGUCAUCGACAAGCAGAUUCCGUCAACGAGUCCUUUGAAUUAUCCAAGCACGAUGAAAGUGGAGUUUCUACCGUCAGACAUGCCGAGAACAUGCAACGACGAAGACUCGCUGCUCUGGACAAUCAGAAGGUUGAGAUCCCUUCGUUCAGCGGUGCGGGAAUCAAGUCAUCUUCGUGGGCUGACGAAGUGAUCGACGAGGCAGAAGAUGACGAUGGUGGUAACACUUCGCCAUCCAGAGAAGAGUCAUUGCCAACUGCUACACCACCUAAUGAAGCUCAGGAUAAACCCAUUGAUAAAGAAGAUGCUAUCAAUGAGCACGUCAACAUUCUCGCUACCGAAAGCGUCAAUAAGUUGAUGGCUGACGACAAUACCAAGCUUUCAGAGGAACAGAAGCGACCCAUUGGCCUUGCUGGCAGCAAGUACGCAAGCUUCGUGCCAGAAUUCGAAGACCAUGGCGAGAGACCAAGAUUGGGAGGAGGACGGAGUUUUCUUGAGAGUGCUAGCAAUGUACUGGAUGCAUCCACAACCAAGACCGCCAAUCCAACAGCCCAAAAGACUGGCAUGGACCUCCAUAUAGCUGAGGAACUAGCUCGUGAUGCUGAAGCCCAGAGCGAGAACGCUUUCAACACCUUCACGCGCCAAACCAGUUCCGAGAAUCUCGCCGUCCAAACCCCUCAUCUGGAUCCCCAUCAAGUCUUCCGCUCCACUCAAGACACAUUGGCCGUCAGCGAUUACAAGCUCUCUCGAUCUCCACCAAGAGUCAAUCUACAGGAGUUAAUUGCUUCGUCCGAUUCUUCAAACUCAAGAUCCUCAUCACCUGCCGCAACCCAACUUGGACCAUUCCAUAUCUCGUUCCUCGAUGUCAAUACCCCCACCUCAUCAUCAAAUGACGGAGACAAGACUGCCAAGCCAACUACCGCAAUCCGUGUCACCCAGAGCGAGAACGAGAAUGCUUCAUCUGAGCGAAGACAAUACCCCGUCCACCACAGUCCGAAUAAUCCCGUUCCGCGUCAAGUCGAGUUCUCAGACGAUCUACAAGAUAGAAAGAAUGCCAGCUUCGAGAUCCCGCCGAUGGAGGAGAUGCAUUCCGUGUUGUUUGAGCGGAGAAAGAGGUUGGGCUUGAGCUUCGAGGGUAUGAAGCGUAAGCGAGAGCAGGAUGUCGAUGAGGAGAACUUGACGAUCACUACGGACGAUCUUCUGAAUGGUGCGGAGAGUACUAGGAAGUUGUUGGAUGGUGAGGAGAAGGAUGGGUUCGUUGAAGGGGAGGAGGAGAAGGGUGCGGUUGUCAAUCCGGAUGAGAUUUCUCUGGAUGAUGAGGAGUGACUUCUUUUUCCGUCGACAAAAGACACCCUUUUACGUUCAGCAGAAAGAACUCUAGUAUGAAGCAGCACGAUCUUACUCAUACAUAAUACGUCCCAGGUCGGAUAGCUAUUUUUCAAAAGCAUUAUAGAGCGGAAAUUCAGCAGCACUUGCGUUAUCUUAAUGAAAUUAGCAUACUUAGAUAUCCACGAAUCUCAAUGUCAUUAAACAACCUCUUCCAUGAUCGUGGCUCUACAUUCUAUAUCCCCUCUCCUGCUUCUUAAGUACUCAUCCCUGAAGUGAAAUAGAAAGGAGAGAAACACGUGACGAUCUAGAAAGGGGAACCGAGAUUCAAAAGGGGGCAUUCAUUGGAU